AUGGACUUGAUUAAUACUCCGGAUAAUUUUCAUGGGGGAAAAAUCUUUGAUGCCAGGUUACAGUGGAACCUUCUUUCCUCGGAUAAAUGGAUCUAUGAUGUGGUACAUGGAAAAUUUUUAGCUUUUGUGCGUGUCCCCAUACAGGGGAGCCCUCCGGCUCCUCUUAGCUUGUCACUUUCAGAUGAAAAAGCGCUGGACUCUGCCAUGCUAAAGUUCUUGGAGCAGAGGAUAGUUGAAUUAUGUGCACCAGGGAGACAUGGUUUUCUUUCUAACAUUUUUCCUACCAUUAAGAGAGACGGCACAGCUAGAGUCAUUCUGAAUUUGAAAGAACUUAACGAAUAUGUGGACCAUAUACAUUUUAAGAUGGAUACUCUCAAAGAUGUGCUACCUUUAAUCCACCAGAACUGUCAUUUCAUGUCUAUUGACUUCAAAGACGCUUAUUUUUCAGUCUAUGUGAGGCCAGAGGACAGGAAUUGGUUUAAAUUUACUUGGCGUAACUCUACGUUCCGCUUUACUUGCCUUCCACAGGGUUUGACUUCAGCACCCCGUAUUUUCACUAAAUUGUUAAAACCUGUCCUCUCGCAUCUUCAUAAGUUGGGAAUUUUCGUGUCAUGCUAUUUGGAUGAUUGCAUCUUUAUUGCUGACUCUGCUGACGUUUUAGGAUCUAAUGUGCUUUACGCUCUACACCUUUUUGACUCCUUAGGGCUCACAGUAAAUCCUCACAAAUCGGUCCUAGAGCCUACCCAAGAGAUUGAGUUUCUUGGUGUGGUAUUAAACUCUGUAGACAUGACUGCCACUCUGACACCCAGGAGGAGGAAGCACAUUAAGGCACAGGGUUCACUUCUACUGAACAAAGAUGUUAUAUCCUUACUUGAACUCUCCUCCUUUAUUGGUAUGGCUGUAGCCUCUGACCCUGCCGUGGAGUUGGCACCACUCAGGUAUAAGUACUUGGAAAUAAUUCGUAACAAGGAACUCGCACGGCAUCAUGGGAAUUAUAACUCACCUGUUAUCUUGGACAAUCAUGCUCAGGGGUUAAUCAAAUGGUGGAUUAAUAAUAUAGAUUCACAAACAAAGUCGUUACGAUCCAGUCCCCACCAACUAGAAUUGUUUUGUGACGCCUCCCUGACUGGCUGGGGCGCAGUGGUGGGGAAUGCCAGGACUGCUGGUCACUGGGCUCAUGAUGAACUGGAUCACAUCAACUGUUUAGAAUUAAAAGCUAUUCUCAUGGGUCUACAGUCUCUUUGCAAGGAUAAUUGGGGUACUCAUAUUCGCCUCCGUUCUGACAGUGUCACUGCACUUACCUGUUUAGAUCGUUGUGGCAGUACUAAACUUUACCUUCAUGUGAUAGUGGAACAAAUUUUUGAAUGGGCUCUGUCAAGGGGUAUUACUUUGUCAACACAGCAUAUACAGGGCCUACAUAAUACAGAGGCAGACAAACUAUCCCGAUUGAAAAACAUGGAUGCGGAAUGGAUGUUACUGCCUCAUAUUUUCCAAAGCAUUUCUCAACUCUAUUACACACCUGAUGUUGACCUGUUUGCCACUCGCAUAAAUACACAAUUACCUGCUUAUGUUUCCUGGAAGCCAGAUCCCUGUGCCAUUCAUGUUAAUGCCUUCACGAUGACUUGGUCAAAUAAGAACUUCUAUGCUUUCCCACCUUUCAGUAUUAUAUCAAGGGUCCUCCAAAAGCUCCAGGAAGACGAAGCUACAGUGAUGGUGAUUCUUCCUCUAUGGCCGACUCAAGUAUGGUUCCCGACAGCCCUCCGCUUGCUAACGGCACCUCCUGUGCUUCUCCCCCGUCUUCCUCUCGUGCUGCCACAAAAUCCAACUCUCACACAUCCUCGGUCUCAAGUGUUGAUCUUGACAGCGAUGGUAUUAUCAGGGAAUCGUACCAAAGUCGCGGCCUUUCGCCGGAAGUUGCCGGAUUUCUGCUGCACUCCUGGAGGGAGAGCACGAGAGUACAGUAUGGGUCGCAUAUUAAGAAAUGGUUGUCAUUUUGCUUCGGCAGGAAAAUUGAUCUCUUUCAGCCAUCUUCAGCUGACCUUUUAG